AAAGCACAUUUCCUCCUAUUGUUAGCGGGUGUUGAUACUGUCUAGGGAGAGGAGGGAGCGAGAGAGGGGGAGUGGGAACUGAGAGGGUGGGGAUAGAGGCAUGUUGGUGAGGAUACCGGCUGGUCUGGAAAGAAAGAAAGAAAGAAGGGAGGGGAAUUUCCAGGGCUCUUCAAGGCUACACUUAAAACUGCCAUCUGGAGGAAUGCUUCCAGUACCUUCUUUGUGUGUUUCAAAGGAGUGGACAGCCAAGAUGGCCCAUGCAUUGCCUUUGCUGUUGUUUGCAGUGCUCAAUGCUCUAAGCUGCCACAGUGAGGUGAGGGCCAGGGACCCUGACACUGAGGAGGAGGAGGCAGUAGGGCUUGGAGGAUGGGCAAAGCAGAUGCCUGGCACCUUUGGGACAGCUCACCUAACCAAACCACAUGAGCAUCAACAUCACGGCAUCUCAGCCUCAAUGCCAUCUGUUGGCACACCUCAAAACUCUGCACACCCCUCAAGAGAGACAGUACAUCCACCUACACACAGAGGAAACUGGUGCCCAUACGUUAACCACCGUGUGAUCACAUCAGCCGUACUCUAUGGCACUGAGACAAAAACAGUGAAAUCAGUGAACCCAUGUCCUGAUGGAACUCCUGACUGCCAACUCAACAAGUACAGGUUGUCCUCACGGCCUGUGUACAGGCAGAAGCAGACAGUGCUCUAUGCUUUGCAGUGGAAGUGUUGCCCAGGUUAUGGAGGACACAACUGCCAGGAGAAAGUAAAACCUCCAGAAAAUGAGAAGCAUGUUUCAAAGUCCAGUCAGGCCCCAUCAGAAAGCCAACAUUCUGAAGUGUCUAAGGUUAACGACAGUGAUGACUCAGAAGAUAAAAUGGUGACUGACCUGCUAGAGGAUAUGAGCUGGGAUGACAAACCUUUACAGGAGGCUCCCAUUCGUGACUCUUCACUUCCUGUUAUGUCUAACCAGAGCCCUGUUGGUGCCAGAGAAGGGAUCCCUACCUCUCAGCCUUUGCCGCUUCUUGAUUCAUCCAUACUGCUGUCAAUGCAUCAGUUAAUGUCAACUAUGAUGAAUCAGCUUCAGCCAGUGCUGGAAAGCUUCAAUCAGACACUGAUGCAUCUCUCUAGUCAGGUGGAUAUACUAUCUCAGGACUUGCAGCAGUUGCGACUCGAACAAGAAGACAACAGGUCCAACAGAGGUGAGGCUCACAGUGGAGCAUUUGAGGAGACACUAGAUCUCCAGGUCAGACAAAUGAAAACCCAACUGGAUACACAGAGAGCCCAGAUGGAGAAAGCAUUGCAGACCCAGCAAGAAUUGCUCCACCACAACAUAACAAAACUGAAGGAAGAGAUGGAUGAUCAGAUCAGACAGAGCAUGGAUGCACAGGUAAAUCUCCAGUCUCUAACUGGCUUGGUUGAGGAGGUGAGACUUGACCAGAAGAGGCUGGAAAAGGCAUUGCAGAGAGAGCAUGUGGAGUCUGGCAAACAGAGUGGAAGCCAGCCAGCACAGGAUUCAAGAAUGUGGCAAGCCAUCACUCGACUGGAUGAGAAUGCACAAAGCAACUCUGCACAGCUCAGCAGCUUGUCCGAGACCUCAAAAGACACAGCCAGAGCUGUAGAGGACCUGCAAACAGAACUACUGACCCUGCAACAGAGAGUAGAGAAGGUCAAACAGCGCUCGGAGGUUCACUUUGCAGAGAUAGGUCUGGAGGUGGAGGCCACCCGCGUCAGGGUGCUUAACAGCAUUAGUGAGCUUACAACUAAUGUAAGUGCACAUGACGGUCAGUUGACAGAAAUAGAGCUCAACUUGUACAACAUUUAUAAUCAGCUACAAAGAAACGAUUCACCAACUGCAGAGCAGGCCUGUAACUGUAAGUCAAUUGGAGAUUCACUGGUUAGAUUGGAACUGGAAGUGGCUAAUGUGACACAAUUAGCAAUGGAAAACCAGCUUGCACUUGAGAAUGCAGAGCUAGAGAGGAAUCAGGGACUUUGGGCCACUGAAAUAGAAGAUCUCCAUCAGGGUCUGCUGAAUAUGAAAGAAUCACUUGCUUUUGAGCAAGGUAGAAGCCGGAUUCUCAACGACAACAUGUCCCAGCUAAAGGCUUCACUUCUGCACAGCCAACAGGAGAUCCGUGACCUGAGAGAGAGGGAUGAGGCCAAGUUGAUUGAAAUCAGAGGCCUAUCCGCCACAUUUUCUUCACUCCUGAAUGAUGCUGUACGCCACUCUGAAGUCUUGGAAGUGCUACUAGGAGAGGAGGUUUUGGAAUUCACUCACUGGUCACAUAACCAACAGAAAGAGUUCAGUAUCCCGAAUCUUCUACAGAAAAUGCACUUGAUGCAGCAAAAGAUUGCGAGCCAUGAUAGGAGUCUGGUCUCUCUGCGGAGGAAGCAUCCUGAGAAAGAUGUGAUGAAUAGUGAUGACCCUGUGGCGUACUCAAAGUGGACCAACACAAAGAGCCAAGUGAGGGACUUAGAUAGCCACCAGGCUUCUUUAACGGAUCCUCCUACUGGAGAAGAUGAUGUGGACUACUCAGUCAGUGACUUCUGGAGUCUGGGAAAACAGGUGGAGCAAUUAGCAGGUAGAGUAUACCUGCUGGAAGAGCGCUGCGGCAACUGCACGGAGCCCUCUGGCGGUUCUGUUGUAGAACUGCAGGCAAAUGUCACAUCCCUAAAUCAAAGCCUGGAGAAUCAUUUGAGAACGUUUCAAAAACUGUUCAGUCAAACAGAAGAAUUUACCAGCUCGGCAAGAAGCCUGAAUUUGGAUGAGGUUUGGAAGCUGGUCAGGAGGAAAGAAGGAAAGAAAAGAAGGGGCCACCAAAACCAAGAACAGUUGGAGAGAGGAGGAGAAAAAUCUUCCAGUAGGCGAAGCAAAAGAUACAGUGAAGCAGAACAUGCUUCACUACAACAUUCCCCAGUUGUGUUCAUCACAAGCCUCGAUCACAGCAGAGGGCCAAACGGGGACCUCAGGUCAAGAAAUGUGUCUGUGAACCACGAUGCUGCUUUCAGUGCUACAUCAGAGGUGUUCCAGGCACCUGUGACUGGACUUUAUCUCUUCCUAGUGACAUUAGACUUUGAAAGAGGACAUUCAUUGGCUGUACUGAAGCGCAGUGGAGUUCCAGUGGCAUCCCUCAGACAGGAACAGCGGGAGAAGGGCGGGACAGUGAGUCGAGGCUGCCUGCUGGAGCUUCGGCAAGGGGAGACAGUGACACUAGAAAUGAUGCAUGGAUCAUUACGAAAAACACAGCCAGGGGAUAACACACUGUCUGGAUUAUUGCUCUUCAUUACAGAGUACAAGGACAUGCAGUGAAGAGAACUG